ACAAAGCUGCAUGAGCAGAGAAUCGGGAUGCCCUUUCUUUCGACAGCCUUUGUGAGCUACUCUUGGGUGUUCCUGCCUCCCGUCGUGCACAGUGCUGUUGACCUGGCCGAGCUUUCGGCCUUGGUCGCCGCAGAUGCCGCGAAGGCGCUGGCAACCCUCCGCCAUGGGCCUGAGGAGCCAGGGCGAUCUCUUCGCGUUCUCGACUGUGAGGGCCCACGCUUCGAUCCCCGCUGGGCAUUGCUACGAGACCUGGCGAGGCACGAGUUGCCCAUUCAGUCGCUUCGCUCCCUGCGUCGCCUCCGAGGCUGGACCGACGAGGGGGCCCGUGACGAUGCUGGCAUCCCGCCCCUGAGCCUCCAGCUACGGGCACUGGCGACACUGAUGCAUGACCACUGCUUGGGAGUGGCAUUUCAGCGCGUCGUGGAAUGG